AUGGCCGAGAUUGCCAACCAGGCGAAGCCGAGCACUGGAAGUUUGUCCAAAAUCAACCUCUCAGAUCCCAAUGAUGAUCUGCAGAAAACCGUGCUGUGUUUACAGGUGUACAUGGCUAAACGCACCAGCCUCGCCUUGGCUGACCUGGUAAUCAACAAAUCUCUUCCGUUUGAACUGAAGCCCAUCAAGCCAUCGCUGUCAGCUGAGUUGACCCAAAGUUUGAUCGAGUGCGCCGAAAAGUAUAUCCUUCGAGGCCUACAAGAGAAAGAAACCAGCCCCGUCCACCGAGAUCAGAAGGUCCAACUCAAUUUGGAUGCCCUACUAUCAAGUCUUCCGACUUCUGACGCGAUAAACCUUGCAUUUGAUAUUGUGGGAUCGAACUUCCAACGCCUCGCCGCGAUCUGCCAGCACAUCAGUCACUUUCUACUGGAACCGGUACGCUCAUGGAAACCGGAAGAGAUGUAUGAAGAUUCCCUUGAGGCAACUUACAUUCUGCACCCUACUCUGGCCGAAAGUCCAACUACCCAGGAGCGAGCGGAUCGAUGGGAGACACUUAUUUAUUGUUUCCCCUCAUUGCCAGAAGCUCUUUCUUCAUUUGACGAUAUCAGCCAUGUCAAGAAUGGUCUCCUCUUUUGCUUACCGAUCAGUUGGGAAUUCAACCUGCUACUAUGUGGCCUUCGACCUACUGGCGACAAAAACACAUAUGAGUUUCAGUGCUUCGAUGGAGCUUCUGACUGGGUGGCACAAUAUGCAGGUCGGAGAGUGCAAUUCGACGAUGACGGGAUAUACGACCCAGCCCAUCCCAUACUGAUUGAGUUUCACUUUAGUCUCUGCUGCUACUUUGAGAAAGCUCCACGCUACUGA